AUGAAUUCCUAUCUUCUGAACAGAGCCCUCGGGUCUGUCACGCCAAAUGCGUUCCAUGUCGCGCAAACCACACGACUAGUGCACCACCUCGAGCCUGCGCCGGGGAUUCGAUUCUCCAGUCGCAGAGCCGCAGCUGCGGAUCAACCUCAAGAUAGCGCGACACCUGUGGAUCGAGAGGAUCCUCUAGUGGGAAAUGUAUUUGCCCAUAAGUCUGGCGUGAACUGUCUGGCGAUUGAUCAGUUUGAAGGACGGUACAUGAUCUCCGGCGGCGCAGACCCAUCCAUUCAUCUCUGGGACCUUGAAAGUAGAGGAUCGGAGCUCGAGCAUAUCCACCGCGCCCGCGCUACCGUGAGCAAAUCAUCACAUAACGACGCGCAUACACACGCUGUAACCUCCCUCUCCAUAUACCCAUUCGACCCCGUUCCGUCCACCAUCUUCUCUACAUCCCACGACGGCACAUUGAAGCUCUCUGCCCUCCAAUCGCCCGCGAUUACCCCAGUCCAUACCUUCAAUCUCAAUUGUACGCCAUAUGCGCACUCGUUUGCCUCCCAGCCGGGGUCUACUCUGCUAGUUGCGGUGGCUACUUCAGAACAAUCGGUGCGUUUAGUGGAUUUACGAUCGGGAUUAGCCACGCAUGGCUUGCCAGGACACAAUGGCGCCGUUUUAUCGGUAUGCUGGGCUCCACACCGGCCGUACUUGCUUGCGUCGGGCUCGGUGGACAACCGCGUAAUCAUAUUCGAUGUCCGGCGAGGCGGUCAUAACUCUGCAAUUGCGACCUUGGACAUGGACGAUCCAGUGGGACUGGUAGCACCGGGCUCUGGAUCUGUACCCGCAUCAUUCGAAAGCCGACCAGCAUUUUCUCGGCAUACGCGCGCUCAUAAUGGACCUGUGACCGGCGUGCGGUGGACGUCCAAUGGCAGCCAUAUCGUUACAACGGGACAGGAUUCGCGCAUUCGGGUGUGGAAUGCAACGACGGGCGCAAACACAUUGGUGCAUUUUGGCCCUCGAGUGCGGAACAGUUCGACGUCGCAUCUAGCUGAGCGAGCACCGCUUCUGGUACCCAAGGGCUGCAUGAGUCCCGGCCACGAGACACUCCUGUGGCCCAACUUCAAUGAGCAAGAUGACCGGGGCGAAAUAUUCAUGUUUGAACUUCGCGAGGGGACAUUCGUCAAGCGCCUCCGGGUUCCCGGGCUGAUGGGGGGAUCCCAAGUGUCUCGUGGCCGGUCGAGUGCCCUCAGUGCCGCACGCAUCAACGACUUGAUCUGGCGUGGGAACGGUGCGUCUGGGGAAGGCCUCGAACUAUUCUCUGCCCAUGGCGAUGGGACCAUCCGCACUUGGGUCUCUCGGGAACCGGACGGCGAGCCGAACGAGGAAGAAGAAGCAGAAAUGGCCGACCGAAAGAGAAAGCGAGAUGUACUGGACCAAAUCUACAAAGGCUUUGUUGGCCCGGAUGCAUCUGAGCUUUAUACUUGA